UUGAGCGCUGACAACCAGCCAGCAUGGAGCUCAGCACUGCUCUGAUACUGGGACUCAUCCUCCUGGUAAUUCUAUGGAGGAAACUGUCUCGGCCAAAGGGUUUCCCUCCUGGUCCCCCAGCCCUGCCCUUACUGGGCAACCUUCUGCAGAUGGACUUCACAAACCCCCUGAAGAACAUGAAGGAGUUCUCCAAGUCUUACGGUCCAGUGUUCAGCAUCUACCUGGGGCUUACUCCGGCUGUGGUGGUUCGUGGGAUAAAAGAUCUUAAAGACGUUCUGGUUACUAAGGGUAGUGACUUCGCAGACAGGCCUCAGAACAGACUCACACUAGCCGUCUCAGGAGCCAGAGGUCUGGUGCUUGCUCCAUACGGCCAAGCAUGGAAGGAGCACAGACGCUUCACCCUGUCCACACUCCGGAAUUUCGGGCUGGGUAAAAAGUCUAUGGAGGAGAGAAUCUGUGAGGAGAGCACACACCUGAUUCAGGAACUAAAACACAAUAAAGAUAAUCUGUAUGACCCGCACUUUGUCGUGGAUAAUGCUGUGUCCAACAUCAUUUGUUCCAUUGUGUUCGGGAGGCGCUAUGAGUAUGAUGACCCAACGUUCAGAGAUAUUCUUAACCUUGUCCAUGAACAUAUGAAGCUGGCAACAGGUUUCUGGGCUCAGCUGUAUAAUGCCGUUGGAUUUGUCAAGCAUCUUCCCUUACCACACCAGAAGAUCUUCAGAAAUGUCAAAAUAGUUUUUGCAUUCCUUGGAAAGGUGUUAGAGGAACACAAAAAAACCAGGGUGCCUGGACAGGCCCGAGACUACAUAGACUUCUAUCUGGAAGAACUGGAUAAGGACCAGGACGGCAGGAACAAGCCAAGCUUUGAUGCAGAGAAUCUGUUCACGUGUAUGGUAGAUCUGUUUGUUGCUGGGACGGAGACGACGUCGGCCAGUCUGGAGUGGUCUCUUCUUUAUCUGAUGCUCCAUCCGGACAUUCAAGACAAGUGUCGGGAGGAAAUAAAUAAGAUUCGGGGAGACAGAGAACAUCUCGACUAUGAGGACAGAGUGAGGAUGCCGUACACACAGGCUGUGCUGCAGGAAGUCCAACGCUUUGCCUCGAUUGUGCCACUGGGUGUCGCUCACUCACCCAUAAAGGACGUGCAGCUGAACGGCUAUACCAUCCCAAAGGGAACGAUGAUUAUAACAGACCUGUCCUCAGUGCACUAUGACGAGAGCCAGUGGAAAUACCCACAUGAGUUUAAUCCAGAGAAUUUCCUGACCAAGGAGGGAGAACUGGAGAAAGUUGACUCCUUCCUGCCCUUCUCUGCAGGGCCUCGAGUUUGUCUGGGGGAGAAUCUCGCCCGCAUGGAGAUCUUCCUUUUCUUCACCGCUAUGCUGACGCACUUUGAGUUCCAAUGGCCAGACAAGUCGCCCCCGGACCUCACACCAGUGUUUGGAGUUUCUCAGGCUCCUAAACGUUUUAAGAUGCGGCUGGUGCCGCUCACAUAGAACAGAUCGUCAGAUACGUGGGGAGGAAAAUCACGCCUCACGGCUCCCCUGUGCUUCAGGAAUACCAGCUCUGAUUUGCCGCUGAAGUUUCUUUGAUACUAGUUUUUCGCUUGUAUUACUCAGAAUGUGACUCAUGUAUACUGUAAAUCUGUAUGUGUAAAUCUAUCUCCUGUUUGUCACUGGGAUGGAACAUUUGUAUAAUGACAGUACUAAUACAUACACUGAUUUGUGCAGACCGGUGAUAAAAAUAUUUUGAAAUAUG